AUGAAAAAGAAUAAGGAAGCUUAUGAUAGGCAAAUAAAGAUUGAAAAAAAAUAUAUUUUGGAUAUAUUGAAAGAAAACGAUUGUGAAACAAUAGAAGAAUUAAAAAAUUUAGUAACCUUUUUAAAUAAUGAAAAUAAAAGAUUACAUUCUAUAAAUGUAGAAUCUUUAAAAAAAAUAAAUAUUUUAAGUGUUAGAGUUAAAAAUUUAGAAAAAUUAACAAAAAAUUAUAAUGAGCAAUUCUAUCAAAAUAAAUUAAGUUAUAUAAAAAAGUAUGAAAAAAAGUUAAAUUAUUUAAAUAAUCAAUUAAGCAUACUAACAAAUUAUACAAAAGAUAAAGAAAAUGAAUAUAAUAGAUUGAUUGAAGAACAAGAUAAAUAUUUUAAAAAUUUUUUUAUAAACUUAAAUAAGAGUAUAAAUUUAAUUAUUUCAUAUGAUAAAGACAAAAAUUAUAGUCCUUGUGAUGAUAGUUCUUCAAAUUCUAGUUCAAUAAAAAUUAAAAAAAAUGAAGAAACAUUUUCAGAUAGUAAGAUAAGAAAUAACACAUUUUCUUCUUCAUCUCUUUCUAAUGCUUCCUAUUUUAAUAAUAAUAAUAUAAAGGAUAAAAAUAACCAAAUCUUAAAAAAGAAAAAUAAAGAUGACAUUGUUAAUGAAGAUGUAAAUAACAAAAAACAGAAUUACAUUGAAAGUGACAUUUCAGAUAACUUAAAUAAAGUAAAAUUACAAGAAGAUUUAUUUGACAAGUUAAAUCACUUAUCAUCGAGCAAAGAUGUUAAAAAUAAUAAAGAAGAUAUGUAUAAAAAUAUUGAAAAGAUAAAAAGUUUAAGUGAAUCAAUUAAAAAUAUUGAUAAUGAAUUAUUACAUUAUAAAAAUACUGAUUUCCAUGAGGAGAAAGAACUUCCCUUUUAUUCUAAACAAAUGACAAAAUUGGAUAAUUCUCUAAAUAAUUUUACAUGUAUAGAAUUUGAAAAAAAGAAAAAUAUAAAAGUUGAAAAAGAAAUUGAAGAAAGUCCUAACUUAUCUGAAAAUAAAGCAUCAGAAGAUAAAUUAUUAGUUGAUACUGCAUUAUGCAAGACAGUUGAAGGAAGUAAAAUAGAGGCACAUAAAACGUUAAACAAAAUAAUAGAUUAUAAUAUUGAUAUAAAAAAUAGAUUAAAUAAUUUGCUUGAAGAUAUGUAUAUAGAAGAUAACAAAAAAAAAGAUAUUUUAAUCAAUAACAACUCUAAUAAUAAUAUUUUCAAUAAUUUUAGUAAAACAAUGAAUUCAAAAAAUAAUAUAAUGGAUAUUUUUAAUGAUAAAUUGAAUAUUACUUGUUUAGGAGAUAUAAAUAAUAGUAGGCCUAAAUAUGUUAAAUUUAACACUAUUCAUCGUGAAAUUAUGAAUCCUCGUCAAAAUUUUUUUACUCAAAACAAAAGUUCAAUAGACCAUAUUAUUUGUUUAUAA